UCGGGUCAGGACUCGACGUGGUUCUUAUGCUCCGCUUGGGUUAUUAUUCCUCUUCGUUCGAAAAAUUCUUGUACUCCUAAUCUUUUUUAUGAACGAAUGAGAGAAAUUACGGAAUAGAUAAUUAAGCGAUGCCACAGACAUACGGUCACUCGUGUUACCUGAGGUAUAAUCCUCGAAACAGUCUAUAAAGAGGAUUGUGUGUAUUUUGGAUUUUAUAAGACACUGACUGGCUUGGGGUUAUCGAUUGGCACUAAACUACAUCGUUACUUUUUCUUUUUUAGCUAGUGUUGAAAGGAUUAUUACGUGUUGCGGUGCACCAACGAUUUCAGGAAGUGCCGAUGGUUUUCAUAGUGCUUCGUGAAACUUUGGAAAAAUAAUGGACUGCGAUCUUUUACAUGUGCUUAGAACUGUCAAUAGUAUUAUUGAAAUUGUCAGAAAAGCUACAGCUCAUGGAAAGUAUAUCGACACGAUUAAUCCACUGUAUUGAGAAAUGCAAUACAAAUCGAUUAGAAACACAGUGGAGCUAUAUGCAUCUAAUUAACUGAUAACAAGAGAAAAUAAUAAUUCGAAAAAAAAAAUAUAUGAAGAAUUUAUACCAAAAUAAUACGAUUAUACCACGUGAUUUUAAUGAAGGUACGGACGCAGUGCCAAAUCAGCCUGGGGAUGAAUUACUGAAGAUACUUAUCAAAGUAACGUUACAGGAAUAUAUGACUAGUGAAAAGAAUAUUGUUGAAAGGAAAACGAGAAACGAAAUUGAUAGUUAACGUUGGAAUGCCUGAAAAUUAAAUUUGCUAAUCAAGAUUAAUUUUUUAAACUGAUUACCAAGGGAAUGUUUGAUCAAUACAAUCGAUCAUCACCAAAGCAUAAUACAUUGAUAACGAUCAUUCCGUCAAUUACUCUCUAAUAAAACAUACCCAGUGUAUUAGGUACAUAAAAAUUUUAAUAACUCAGUCAGUCCGAUGAUUCCUGGCAAAUUGAAUUCGAUCCAUAUAAAUUGUUCGGAAAAUCAAAAAAAAAAGAUUGCAGCAUAGAGCAUCGAUGAUAGCAAAACCAAUCUCGCGAUUGUUACGAUCAAUUGUCAAUUAUCCAUACAAUGUCCGAUUAUUUUGAAAUAAAUUCAUCGUCGACCAUACAAUUCGGAAGGUCAAUCAACGUUCGUUGAAACAGGAGUAAUCACCAUAAAUCGUUGAGUCUCCCUGGGAACGAGUAAUUUCAGUAUCGACCGAUCAGAGAAAUAUUACGCUAUCAAAUGAUCAACUGAUUUGCAAGAUCAACCCUCUUCCACCCUACGUCUGACCCUUCGCUGACCCUAGCGACCCUCGUUGAUUCAUUAAUCUGCGUUUUCUAUCAUCAAACCCGAAGAACUGCACACCAACGUAUUUCGCAGUAACUAUAUAUCUAUAUAUAAAAAAACGAAAAAUUGAUGUUUUAUAAAAUUAUCAAAAAACGAAUAAACGAUUCUACAAAAUUAAUGAAUUAAAUCGACAUCAUAAGUCGUCACCCUCUUUAGCAAUUUGCCAAGGGUCUAAAGUGACGGCGUGAAUGGAAAUCAUUGUUGACUUAAGACCGAUUCAAGAACCACCCUCCUACCCCACCCGGACAAUUUCUCAAGAGUUAUUUUCGGCGAUUCCUUCAAUAGGAUCGAAUGUCGCGAUAGUGCGAUGUAGCAAUUAGUGAGGGUACAGCCAGUCGUGAGCGUAUCGUGAAUUCGUGACUAUGAACGAGCGAAGAUAAGGGCGCAAAGUGUAAAGAGGGCAAAAUGUGGUGGAGUGCCGCGACAAUAAUGUUGGUGUUGGGGGUUGCCGCUGCAGUGUACUCGCAGGAGGAGAUAUCUGAUCUGGAUAAGCCAAUUCCGGUAAUCGAAGUCAUCGGUGUCGCUGGGUCAAAGGUUCAACUACCUUGUGACAUCCAUUCGACAAAGAAGGAUAAGGUCAAUAUGGUAUUCUGGUUCAAGGGAGAUGGGAGCGAACCAAUCUAUAGCGUCGACGUGCGCGGUGGUCGGGACUACAGCCAAGCUGUCCUUUGGUCGUCUACGACGGCACUUGGACCAAGAGCAUUUUUUGUCACCGCUACAAGACCGGCUCAUCUCAGUAUUGAUAAGCUAGAUGUCAAGGACGAGGGUAUCUAUAGAUGUAGAGUCGAUUUUGAUAAUACGCCAACUAGAAAUCAAAUGAUAAAUCUCAUCAUCAUAGUUCCACCGGAAAGACCAAUAAUCCUAGAUGGCGCCAGUCACGAUAUAUCUCGUAUCGAGGAACCCUACAACGAGGGUAGCGACGUGCACCUCAUCUGCGAAGUCAGGGGUGGUAAACCACCACCCCGAGUUACUUGGUUCCUAGAGAACACGGUGAUAGACGAGUCGUAUCUGUAUAGCGAAAUCUCUGGGGUGACAGUCAACCACCUGUCCUACCCAAAAGUUGGUCGGCAGCACCUUAAAUCACGGCUGAUCUGUCAAGCAAGUAAUACAAACUUGACAGAGCCAAAAUCCAACCUUCUGAUACUCGACGUCAAUUUGAAACCUCUGGUCGUACAAAUAUUAACUAAGGAACCAAAAGUCUCUGCUGAUAAGAAGUAUACGGUGGAGUGUAGGACGGCAGGAUCGAGACCAGAGGCAGUGAUAACCUGGUGGAAGGGUAACAAGCAGCUAAAAAAAAUGGUCCAGAAUUAUCCACCCGAGAACAGUCAAAGUAUGAGUAUUUUGAGUUUCGUACCCAGUAUCGACGACGAUGGCAAGUAUCUAACUUGUCGUGCUGAAAAUCCAACGAUUCCCGACAGUACUCUGGAAGAUAAGUGGAGACUGGAUGUUCAGUAUCAGCCGGUAGUUACGUUACGUAUGGGCGAGACAUUAAAUGCAAAUGAAAUCAAGGAAGGAGACGACGUCUAUUUCGAGUGUAUCGUUAAGGCGAAUCCUAAGGCAUACAAACUCGUGUGGUUUAAGGACGGAAAGGAAUUGAAGAACAAUGCUACAGCCGGUAUCAUCCUGAGUGAUCAUUCGUUAGUCCUUCGAGGCCUAACGAGAAAUUCCGCUGGGGAAUAUGCGUGCCUGGCGGCGAACAGCGAAGGAAAAACUACGAGCGAGCCUCUGCCGUUACAAAUCAUGUUUACACCAGUGUGCAAGGAAGGUAAGGCAGAGGUGGUCGUGGGUGCUCUCAAGCAGGAGACCGUAUCGCUGGUCUGCGGGGUGGAAAGCCGACCACCCCCUCUGACCUUUCACUGGACCUUCAACAAUUCUGCGGAACUUGUGGACGUGCCACAAUCUCGUUAUUCCCACGUGGCACCACCAGGCACUCCAACCGUCGCUGAGAGCUUGAAGGAGUACCAACAGUUUCAUGGAUCCAGACUGAAUUAUACACCCUCGACAGAUUUGGACUAUGGUACAGUUGCAUGCUGGGCAAGUAAUCAAGUUGGCAGACAGAGAACACCUUGUCUCUUCCAGGUGAUAGCAGCAGGUCGUCCAUAUCCUCUAAGUAACUGCACAGCCACCGAACUCUCUGCUCCUGUCGAAUUAGAGGAGCUGGGUUCUAUAUCCGGAUUAGGUACAGGACUGACUGUACGAUGCUUGGACGGAUACGACGGUGGUCUGCCUAUUCACAGCUAUCAGUUGGAAGUAGUAGCCGACGAAGACGGCGGUACCAUUUUCCGAAACAAAACUGUAACAGCCGGCACGAACGGACCUGUAUUCGACGUUGCCGGUUUGACAACCGGUCGCAGUUAUCGUUUGUUUCUAUACGCGGUAAACUCCAAGGGAAGAAGCGAUCCUACCGUCCUGGAGCCCGUGACCUUGAAGGGCGUAGCCAUGUACACAACUGGUAACGGCGAUGUCUCCGUACUGAAUCCUCUACUUCUUGGUCUGGCCGCAACCGCGACCCUACUGGCACUCGCGGUAGCUGGAAUUCUGGCGGCACUUUACCGGAAGCACUCCAGUGCUCGUGGCGGAAGUCCGAAGCAUGCACCGAUCGUGAGCGAGCCACCUCAUGCCGGGGCUACCACCCCUAUACAUCCUCAAACGAAGCAAACUGCCGAGGAUAUCGAUCCGGACAUUAUACCAAACGAGUACGAAAGAAGACCCUUGACGUACACUCCGGUUUACAAGACACCACCCCAGCGCAGGAGGAAGGAUCGUACGGAUGACGCAUCCCCUGAGAAGAAACCGAUCGUCGUUCAACAGACACUGGACCUGCAACCAGAUCCCAGACUGGACGAUUACAGUUCAUCCCCUAUGACGAACUACCCCCAUAAUCAUGUCAGCCAGCAGAACGCUUACAGUCAUCCCCCGACGAUGGCCGACUUUAAGCAGAUGGCUAUGGACGCCUAUAAUCAGCGAAAUAAUCAAAAUGUAUAUUACAGCCUUCAGAGGUCGAACAAAGGCGUCUCGACGAUGCCGCAGAGGCCGGUUUCCUCAUCUAUCUCGGCGCAUGGGAAGUUUCAUCAACCGGAAGUGGUGACGCGUUCAAACCGAAUACAAGAAAGUUGUAUAUAAAAAGUAAAGGAUCGUGAAGAAAAAAAGAAAGCUCGGACUCUUAAGAGUUGAAAGCCAUUUAUAUACUUUGUUCGUUUCAUUGUCAAGGUCAUUCUAAGGUAACCGAACUGAAACGAAUGCCUCCAUCAACAUUUACAUAUACCUAGGUUAUAGAAAACUUUGUCAUUCGUCGACGAAGGCGGUUGUCGAUUUAUUCAUGAAAUAAAAGAAAAGAAAAAAAAAAUGUGAAAAGUUCGCCCAAUUUUGGACUAACACAUCUUCCCGUAGCUCGUGUGCGUCUUCGUAUAUUUACAAGACACUUUUUUCAUUCACUGUACAAAAUUGUCAAAACGCAUAUCGAUUGGUUUCGUCAGUGGCUGAGUAUCCCGGGUCGACGAGGAUUUAGAAAAUUUCAAAAAAGUACUUUAAACGACGCUUUGUAUCUUUUUGCGAUCCAAAUCGUGAGCAAUGACAGAGACUCGAAAUUUCGUAAUGACUAAAAUAUUUGCGAAUUUCUUGGAAACUAUCAUUGAUAUCCGGAGCGGGUGAUAUCAGCCCUUUCGAUAAACUUUCGAAUACGUUACGUUUUACUGUUUAUAUGAGAUUAGUUUUUGUACAAAAGUCUAUUGUAAAUAGGCGUGGAGCCAUAAUUAGGGGUGGUAGCAGUAAUGUCCGAAUUUUCUUCGCUACGUUAAGCCGAGAGAUGUCGUUCGUGUAUGAUAAAAGAUAAAAAGCAAAAAGAUGACUCGAAAGAGAUACGAAAUAAACGAAAUAUCUUUCGUCCGUUUUA